AGUUGACUCUAAGCCUUCGCCUCAAGUGGUUGACUUUCUCAAGUCGGGUCUUAGUUUUAAAAUCGAAGUAUUUUAAAGUGACAUUCAUUUCAAAUGAAUAGUUUAAAGUGCUAUUUAUAUAUAAAAAAUACAUAUACAAGCAUGUCAAAAAAACAAACUAAACUAUUAAAAUAAAUAAUUUUCUUAAAUGUAUGCAAAAAUUGUUCUCGGUGUAGAAUUUCUUAGAAGUAUUAUUAGUCGCUUAUCAAGAACUCAGCCGAGCGAAUCCAGAGAACUUGUUGUUUCAAGAACUCACAUUAAGUGAAGCUAAGACCUGGAAUAAGUGUAUACAAAGUGUUCCUGUAAAAUCCUGUAAAAGAGUACAAAGACUUAUAAAUAAAUAGGAUGAGUUCCUUCGCCCGGGUUCCCAGCACACCUCCUCCUUCGUAUGAGGAGGCAAUGGGCUGGGAAACACGGAGAUCACACAGCACCACGUGGCUGCUCGCGGAGAAUACCUCAUCACUCAUGAUCUGUCCAAUGUGCCAUGACGAGAUCGAGACGACCACAAAGAUCCGGCGCCGCUGGAUCGCCUACGUGGCCUCGGGCAUAGUCUUGUUCACCACCUGCGGCAUUGGAUGCUGGCUAAUCCCCUGCAUCCUCGACUGUUUCAACGAGAUCCAUCACUCGUGUCCCGUCUGCAAGGCGACCCUGGGAAUCGUUCCGCAGCAGGAUCAGAGGUGGCCAACCUAAUUUAAAGUGCACAAAAUGAGCUUAAAGCUUUAUUAUUUAAUACCUAAAACUAAGUGGAUGCCACAAGCUGAAAAAAAGAAUUGUAGCUCUAAGUUAAUACAGAGUUGUACUGAAUAAACCUAAAAUCAAUACGUUAAACGC